AUGGCGUACCACACAGACGUGCUGAUGGCAGCGCUCCUGCUCUGCCUGCUCCUGGUGCCCCUCAGCCACUGCCACGAGGUGCCCUGGACAUACAAAGAAGGAGAGCUGGAUGAAGAGCACUGGGGACAGCACUUCCCAGACUGUGCUGGCCAGCAGCAAUCCCCGAUUGACAUCCAGAGGAGGAAGGUGAGCUACAACCCGCUGCUGCAGCUGGAGCUGGCUGGCUACGAUGGGCCCUUGCAGGGCCAGCUCAGGAUGACCAACAACGGCCACUCUGUUCAGAUCGAUUUGCCACCCACCAUGAACAUCUCCAGAGGGCUCCCAGGCGUCUACACAGCCGUGCAGAUGCACCUGCACUGGGGUGGGCUGGAGCUGGAGACCAGCGGCUCGGAGCACACCAUCGACGGGAUGCGCUACUUCGCCGAGCUGCACAUUGUCCACUACAACUCUGCCAACUACUCCAGCUUUGAAGAAGCCAAGGACAAGCCCCAGGGGCUGGCUGUGCUGGCCUUCCUGUACACGGAUGGACACUUUGAGAACACCUACUACAGCGAGUUCAUUUCCAAACUGGCAAGGAUCAGGUUUGCAGGUCAGUCAACCACGCUCAGCUCUCUGGACAUCCAAGCCAUGCUGCCAGAAAACCUCUCCCACUUCUACAGGUACCAGGGCUCCCUGACCACCCCCCCGUGCUCCGAGAGCGUGAUCUGGACCAUCUUCCACUCCCCAAUUGUCCUGUCACACACUCAGGUCCAGCUCCUGGAGAACACCCUGCUGGACUGGCACAACCGCACCCUGCGCAACGACUACCGGCACGCGCAGCCGCUGCGGGGCCGCGUGGUGGAGGCCUCCUUCCGUGCCCAGCGGGACCAGGCACAGUGUCAUCCAGAGGAAUUCACCCUCAGGCUGGAUCAAAUCCAGAUGCAGCUCCAGGACAUGAAGACAGAGUUGCUGAAUGGACUGAGCCACACAGAAACAUUUGUGUGGGGGAGCUCAGCUCAGCUUUUCAUGGUUCCAAAGCCAUUCCCUGCUGACACAACACACAGCAGUAACUGCAAACUCAGACUACACAACCCUACCAGUUUUGUGGGUGUUAUUCUCCAGAAUUUGGGCUUGUUCACAGGAAAUGUAACUGUUGGCUUUUGGGUUACUUCAGGUACAAAAUCCAGCACCUUUCCAGCUUUCUACUUCCCCGCGGAGAACAUUGAGAGCUUUGUGGAGGUCCAUCCCCUCCGCGCUGUGUCUCUGCAAGCCUUCACCCUGUGUUUCUGGAGCAGAGCCCAGCCCGUGGGCAGCCAGACCAUCCUGUCCUACUCCACUGGGGACAGCGACCGUGAGCUGGUGGUGACCGUGGGCGCAGAGCUGGGGCUGUGGGUGGGAGGCCACUUCCUCAGCUUCCCCCUGCCGCAGGAGGCACGGGGCUGGCUGCACCACUGCGUGACCUGGGCCUCCGCAGAGGGAAGCGCCAGCCUCUGGCUCAACGGGGCGGCUGGCAAGGCGCAGAGCGUCCGGAAGGGCUUCGUGAGCCGGGCCGGGGGCACGCUGGUCCUUGGCAAGGACAGGGACGCUCUGCUUGGCACCUUCUCCAACGGGUUUGGGGGGUGGCUGAGCCAGGUGAACCUGUGGAGCCGGGUGCUCGACGCCGCGGAGCUGCGGGCGCUGGCGCUGUGCAGGGCAGGGCAGCCCACGGGGGACAUCAUCGCCUGGGGACAAACCCCCAUGGCCCUUCUCGGGGGGGUGCUUCUGCAGCCCGACACCAGCUGCCAGUGA